GGGAGAAAACAAGAAAAGGAGAGUGGAGUUCGGGACGAGAGGGGAAGCAAAGAAAAUCGAGCGUGUGUAGUUAAAGCUUGGAAAAGCAUGUGGAGGUGGAGAUCGUCUCGAAUCUAUUAUCUCGCUGGUAGAUUGAGUCAAAUCAAAGUAAGUGAUGUGAAGGUUAAGCAUGGGCGUUGUUGUUAUAGUCAAGUGUCGCCUCCUCCAUCCAAUUUUGAACAGACGAAGUGUGAUCCUCGUCACACUGAAUUCACAGCUCCAAGUAAUUAUAUUGGGGAAAAUGUAUCUAGGAAAGACAAGAACAAGUAUCUUUACUCUACGCUUCUUGAGCUCAACGACAGUAAGGAGGCUAUUUAUGGUGCUCUUGAUGCCUGGGUUGCCUGGGAGAAAAACUUUCCCAUCGCCUCCUUGAAAACGGUAUUGAUUGCUCUUCAGAAGGAACAGCAGUGGCAUAGGGUUAUUCAGGUAAUUAAAUGGAUGCUGAGCAAAGGGCAGGGGAUGACAAUGGGAACAUAUGGUCAAUUGAUACAAGCUUUAGAUAUGGACCAUAGAGUGGAAGAAGCACAAAAAUUCUGGGAGAUGAAAAUUGGUACUGAUUUGCACUCAGUUCCUUGGCAAUUGUGUCAUCUAAUGAUAUCAGUAUAUUAUCGAAACAACAUGCUGGAAGAUCUUGUUAAGCUUUUCAAGGGACUGGAAGCUUUUGGUCGUAAACCUCGGGAUAAAUCUAUCAUUCAGAAAGUGGCAAAUGCAUAUGAGAUGUUAGGCUUAGUUGAAGAGAAAGAGAGAGUACUGGAAAAAUACGGCCAUCUCUUUACAAAGGAAGAACCGAGUGAGAAACAGACAAAGAAACGUGUCCAUCUCACAUCAGAGAAAGGGCAAGAGAAGCAAUCUACAAAAAGCCUCAUCUGAGGGAAAGUAGAAGUCAGGAGAAUUGCAUUAAUGUUCUGGUCAGUAAACUGAUUUAAGUCAUUCCAACUCACCUGAUUAUCUGAAGAAAGAACCUGAGGUUUUUUCUUCCGACUGAUGAUAUUUUUUACUUAUGUCGUGGGUAGAACAAAAGAUCCACAACUGGAUAUUACACAUCAAGUGUACUCUUUAGUAUUCUGCUACUUCUGAUAUGGUGUAAUGUACCAAAGUUGUUCCUCCGUGUUUAGGUAUUAUGCUAGGUAGGCUCGUAUGAAGAAAGCCCAUCAAGGAUAGAAGUUGCUUUGAUGAAACAGAACCAAACGCAUGCCUGGACUAAGACGUCAAAUCUGUUUCAAGUUAAGAGUGGAAAAAGAGGUUGUUCCGAUUUUGCUACGCGGUGUAUAGGUUAUGGGACGAUGAAAGUCCAAAGGCUAUUAGAAGUGGACGUUUAUUCAAAUGAAUAUUUACCUUAAAUUAACAAUUCAAAUCCUUGUGAUGUUUUCU